CCCAAUUCCUAAUUCGGUUCCCAUCUUUUGAGGUUCGAUAUAAAUCCCUACACCAUCUCAAAUCGGUCUGUGAUGGUUUGAUUGGUGCGUCGAAACAUGCAGAUGAUAGUUGGAUGGAGGAAUCUAGGAUUAGUAUAAAGAUUUGUGCCCUAAUCGCCGAGCGACUCUGCAGGGCCAUGGAAUCGAAGUCUUUUUCGUCGCUACUGCUCGUCGGUUGCCGAUCCCGCUUCCGAAAAUCGGCUUUCGAUUCGUAUUCGGUGGCCUGUGAAGCAUUCUCGGAAAAGCCUCUUCUUUUUCUUUUUCAUCUUUUUGGAAUCAGGAUCCAGAUCCUUUGAUAGCGUCUUGCCCGUUUUCUCCUCCAUUCUUUUUCUGUUCGCGUUGCAAUUUGUCGUCUUUUUCUGGCAAUGGACUUUGGUGCGGGUCCGAAAUUGGAGGCUCAGGACGGUGAUGUUGUGGAGCAAGAUCCUACCGGAAGAUACGUGCGGUAUAACGAAGUCUUGGGGAGAGGAGCAUUUAAGACUGUAUACAAGGCAUUUGAUGAAGUUCAUGGAAUAGAAGUUGCUUGGAACCAGGUGGACAUUGAUGAUGUAUUGCAGUCACCAGAACAGCUGGAAAGAUUAUAUUCAGAGGUUCAUCUGCUGAAAUCUUUGAAACACGAAAAUAUUAUCAAGUUCUAUAAUUCAUGGGUUGAUGAUAAGAGCAAGACCAUCAACCUAAUAACAGAGUUCUUCACUUCUGGGAGUUUGAGACAGUAUCGAAAGAAGCAUAAGAAUGUUGAUAUGAAGGCCAUCAAGAAUUGGGCUAGGCAGAUUCUUCAAGGUUUAAGCUAUUUGCAUGGCCAAAAUCCUCCAAUUAUCCACAGAGACCUGAAAUGUGACAACAUAUUUGUUAAUGGUAACAAUGGAAAAGUUAAAAUUGGAGAUCUUGGAUUGGCAACUGUCUUGCAGCAGCCUAUUGCCCGAAGUGUUAUUGGCACUCCCGAAUUUAUGGCUCCCGAGCUCUAUGAAGAGGAAUACAAUGAUCUUGUCGAUAUAUAUUCUUUUGGUAUGUGCAUGUUAGAAAUGGUUACUUGUGAAUAUCCAUAUAGUGAAUGCAAAAAUCCCGCUCAAAUAUACAAGAAGGUCACCUCUGGCAUUAGGCCUGCUUCUCUCAGUAAAGUGAAAGACCCUCAAGUCAAGCAGUUCAUAGAGAAGUGUCUGGUUCCAGCAUCUAUGAGAUUGCCAGCAAUGGAGCUGUUGAAAGAUCCAUUCCUUGCAACUGGAAAUCCGAAGGAUCUCAAUUGUGAUUUGCUGCUGUUGUCCAAUAAUGUGCCCAUGCUGGUGAACUCACAACAGCCUGAAUCUCAUGCCAUGGAUAUAGACUCUAACAAGGGUUCUGUUGGCUGUAGUAUGAAAACUUCUGACUGUUCAACUCCAGAAUUUCAGAGGUUUACUGAGACUAAUGAAUUUAGGUUAAGAGGGGAGAAAAAUGAUGAGAAUACAAUUUCAUUUACUCUGCGCAUUGCUGAUCCUCAUGGUCAGGUGAGAAACAUCCAUUUUGCGUUUUAUCUUGAUUCUGAUACUACAAUAUCAAUAGCUGAGGAGAUGGUUGAGCAACUUGAUCUGUCAAAAGAAGAUGUGGCCGUCAUUUCUGAGUUAAUUGACAACUUGAUAACAAAGCUUGUACCUGGAUGGAAAGCUUGUUUUGGGAGUUGCUCGUCACAAUCAAAUAGUUCAUUUGGUGAUUCUACUGUACUUCAGAUUGGGGAAAAUUCUGGGACAGUAGAGGCUUCUCCGGAUGCAGUUUUUGAGCACCAUGUUCUCCCACGUGUGGAAGAUGAAGACAAUCAAGAAUCAACUGUUUCAGAUAUAUCUACAGAGUAUGGCGUCUCAAUGGCUUCAGAUGUCUCUAAUGAUGGUGGUGGUUUAGGGUCCGAUAAUUUCAGUUGUGAUGGAUCCUAUAAAGGUUCAAAACGGUGUGGUGGGUUUAAUUCAGAGUAUGGGGUUUAUGAUCAUGGCGGGCAUAACGAGACUGCACAAAAAUCUGCAACCUCCUUUAUUAAUUCAUGUUCGGGUAUGUCAAAAGACUUCAGCUUGUCGAGCAUAUGUUCACUAUCUCUGGCAGACAAGGAUCAGUGUGAUGAGCUGAAGCUGGAGCUGGAUGCGAUUGAUACGCAGUAUCACCAACGUUUAAUUGAACUCCUGAGGAUGAGGGAGGUAGCAUUAGAAAAUGCCAAAACGAGGUGGAUGGCAAAGAAGAAAAUAUCAGUCAUUUGAUCUAUGAAUAUUUUUUGGUUUUUUGUUUUGCUAUGAUUCUUUUUCCUCAGUUUUGUUGAUAGCCUUUUUCUGUCUCACUCUGUGGCAAUACAUGGAGUAAAUCAUUUUUUUAAGAUGUCAAUCAAUUUGAUAUAUUGUGUUCAUCUUCCAUAAA